CGCACAGAGCUGUCGGGGUGUUUGGAGAAGCUGCGGUUUGCAGAGCAGCAGCAGCAGCAGCAGCAGCAGAAGCUGCAGCAGAAGGAGGAGGACUGCAGCAAGCUAAAGGCCCUAGAAACAGAGCUUUCUAAUGAAGUAAUUCGGCUGGCAGACGAGGAGCAGCGCCUUAAAAGUGCUGCUGAGGAGAAGCAGCAGCUGCUGCAGCAAAGGCUGUCGGUGGAGCAGCAGCAGCAGCUGCUGCUGCUGCAGCAGCAAGCGGACAGCAGACACACAGAGCUGAAGCAGCAAAUGGCCAAGAAGCAGCGGCAGCUGCAGCAGGCCACAAGUGCUCUUAACAUUGUGCGUAAAGUAGCUCGCAGCAGCAGCAGCAGCAGCAGUAGCAGCAGGAGCAGCAGCAACAGCAGCAAAACUAGCAGCUGCAGCAGCAGCAGCAGCAAGCGCUGCAUGCAGGACGAAGCAAGGCAGAAACAAACAGCAGCAGCAGAAACGCUGCAGCAGCUGCUGCGGGAAGCAGCAAAAGUGAAGGAGUCUAUUAGCGAGGCCACAGAACAGACACAAGCGAACUCUUCGCGGCGGCGGGAGCUGGAGCAGCUGCACGAGGAGCUGCAGCAGCAACUUGCUGCUGUUCGCUGCCUGCACCAUGACGCGCAGCAGCAGCAGCAGCAGCAGCAAGUUUUGUCGGACUUGAAGACAAAAGCGGGGCUGGGAAACGCUGUUUUAGGGUUUGUGGCCAGCUGCUGCUUGCCAGCCAACAAAAGAUUUGCUGCUGCUGUUGCUGCUGCAAUGGGCCGCUGGGCCAACGCCCUCAUUGUUCAAGAUGUCGCCACUGCCCACGUAAACCCUAAACCCUAA